ACAUGAAAACUAAGCCGACGCAUUUAAGCCGGGCGUAGUCAAAGUUGGCUGGAGUCGAACUCACUGUUGGCCGUCCUCCAGUGUCAAAUCUUGUUUUGGCUCAUGCAGUUCAGCUGAAUUCUAGUCCGCCAAACUGAACCAAACAGUCAUCGGUUAUACUAACAGCUGGUUGGCAUGACUUCGAUACCACAAGAAAUGCAAAACAAUUCUUCCAUUCCCAAGAACUUUACGGCUUCAUAUGUGAUUUCAGACUGUGAAGCUGGUUUACAAGCCGCAGUUCUCAUCCUCAUCUUAAUUGUAGCCAGCGUGGGAAACGGCUUCGUUGGCUUCUGUGUAUUUACACACCAAAACCUACAAGUUCCUACAAAUUAUUUUCUCGUUAGCUUAGCCACUGCAGAUUUUCUUUUUGCGAUACUAGCGCUACCGUUCCGUAUCUACGAUGUACUGGAAAAGUACAAAUGGGAAUUGGGCCUCGCUGCCUGCCGCUUCUGGGUCUGGCUUGAUCUACUUUUCUGUUCUGCAUCCAUCGCAAGCUUGGCUGCCAUCAGCGUCGAUCGAUACUUGAAAAUUUCCUCACCUCUGACUUACAACUCAAGGAUGACACGAAACCGGGUCCGCUUUACUUUGGCUUUGCUGUGGAUGUAUUCUGCAAUACUCGCAAGUUUGUUGCUUGUUGAAUGGUCGCCUGAUCCAGCUGACAUAGCGAGGGGUACAAUUGUUGAAAAUGGAGUAUGCCGCAGCGAUGAUAAGAUAUUUCUGACCAUCAUCUCAGUACUUGGGUUCUUCGCGCCGCUGACGAUAAUGUUACUCAUGUAUUUCUUCGUCUUCAAAGUUGCAGUGAUUCAAGCUACGCGCGUGGCACGACAACAACAAUCCUUGAGAGGACUGUCGAAAAAAUCUCGAAAGCGACGAACGAAAUCCUCAAUCGCUCUCCUUGAAGUCAAGGCCACUAAGACCCUGAUAAUUCUACUAAGUGUGUUCUGUAUAUGCUGGUGUCCGUAUUUCAUUAUUUCAUUGAUAAGCUUAUAUAGAAUAGAAUUGAUUUAUCAAUUGCCAGGUUGGUUCACGAAGACACUUAGGAUUUUGUUCGUCAACUUUCUUCCUAACGUAAAUGCUGCACUGGACCCUAUUGUUUACACGACCAACAACCACCAGUUCAGGACGGUGAUCAGACGAAUGGUGCGCAAGCAAAGAGAGAGAGCUAGAGGGAUUGUUUCAUCGGUUUAUUCUGAGGGACUCUACACUAUGAGUGAGUCUAGGGGACGCAGGAGUUCCUCGCUACGAACCAAAAGCACUUCAGCUGUGAAGAACUCUUUGACCCCUUUACCUCUUCUCAACCCUAACCAUAGAUAGGUGCUUCAAGAGUGACUCUAAAAACCGCGCAGGAAUCAGAGAAAACGCGCUGAAUAACACGCGAGUGAAUUUUCAUUAUACCAAUUGGCCUUAAUCAAUUCGACUUCUAGUUUAUCAUUCCAAUAAGUUUUUAAAAUCGUUUCGAUAUGUUUUGCGAAGGCGAUCGAAUCGUUAAUUUUUGACGGUAAGAGAUGUUUUUUUUUCCAAAAAUAUUUUGGUUCUAAAAGAAAUACACCAACUCAGGCCUUGAGGGUAAAAUUAUUUUCUUCUCAACAUAGAAUUUUGUUUUGCUAUUGGUUUCAACGUGAAAUGAUUGAUUUAUUGAUCAGAAACUGAGCUUACAAAUAAUUUUUCACCACGUUUAAACCUUCUCAAAAACAUUGCCCACAAUAUGAAACACUAAGGUUUGCCUUACGUAGUUUACAAGUGUUAUGACAUUUACCUCGAGAAACCUGUCAGAGAAUUUGUCACGUUACGAUUCAAAAUCCAAAUACUUAAAUCAUUUAAGGUGAAAAAUACUUGAUUGUGACGCCUUUCAUUGGCGCUUUGGAGUCUGAGGAAACGACGUACGCUGCUUAACCAAGCGCCUGUUACGUUCUCGCUGUAUAAGCCAAGCUAAUACGCGAGCAGCCGGGAUUACAUGUAAUCCAAGUGUAUAUUACACGACUUGAGCCGAUGGUAAAAGACCAUUCAAAAACACGGCCUGAGGACGUCUCAAGAUAUCCCUGAUAAAGCUCACGGCCAUAUUGGAGCUGAAACUGAGCAAAUGCAUGGCAAAUUCAAAUUCCUUCGCUACAGAGAUGAAAAACAGGCGCUUCGGAAUUGCCGAGCUCUGAAGAACAUUGUGGUUUUGCCCAUUAACUCCUUGUUAGAAAAGCAAACAUACCACACACCUUCUUAGCCAAACCACUUUUAUUUCGCUACUAUUGAUAUUGUAUAGUUUCAAGAAGAUUAACUUAAUCCGUCUAUUACGUAGAUAUUCUGUAAGGGGAUUCCAAAUGUUGGCGAAGCCAAUCCUAGUAUUGCUACAAAUCAGCCAAAAUAAGUGACCAUCUUAUAUUGGCGCGCUUUUGAGCAAAAUCAUCAGCAUAAGCCAAAAUUAUAGAGUAUUAUUAUAAACUUCUACUGAUACAAUAUUCUUGUAUCGGUUAGAUAGAAUGGGAUCAUCAUUAUCACGCUGCCGAUGUCUUUGUUUGUCGGCAAUUUUUUAAGAACAAACGUGGAGCUCAAACAAAGUCUGGAUCCCACAUUUUCAUUAGUUUUUGAUUUAGCCAACCAAACCGAAAAGAAAAAAAAGUAAAUAAGUGUAUA